CAACAAACACCCAAGCAUCCCGGCCAUCCCAUCCCACUCCCCACAACCGACAUUGUUUAGUAGUGAAACGUGUCCCCACAUACAAGCGUCCACCCGUAUAUCAAGCCUGUAGCCUUCUUUCGGACCCCUAGCCCCAUCCGAAGUGUUUUUUGCAUACUUUUAAGCCUCGCUUGCAACUCGUAAACCCGCAAGGAACACCAAGCAACAAGCAGUGUUCCCUUUAUCGCUCUUACUCUCGCCUACUGCCAAACUUAGUAGCUACUCAGAAUGUCGAUGCCCGAGAGCCGUAGAGCAUUGGAUUUGACACCGCCCGAUUCAGCCAUCUCAUUGGAAGCGACGAAAAAGUCACCUAACUCCUCAACGGAAUUCCAACCUGUUCCGCUCGCCACGCUAAAGACAAGCGCCGAAGACGCAAGUGCCGAGUCUCCACCUUCAGUAGCUGACUCGGCUGCCGCACGCCGAUACAACUCCAUGAGCGAGAGUGCAGUGAGCGAUAAGCAUGGUCAUGGAGGACUGAAGUUCUCAACAUUACCCCGCGCCAACGUGUCGUCAUGGCUCCUGCCAAUACCCCACCGAAAGAGCCACCGCCGUACGUCCUCACAAUCCUCCAAAGAAUCAGAUUCAUCACUGGACAACGAGGGAUCGAGUGCAACCGCGCCCCGCGGUGUCCAUGACUCCGAGGCUGCGGUCGCUGCCAGCGCAGAGCCUCAAGGCAGCAGCGGCCACCUUGGAGUUCGGGAUGCCAUCAAGCGGAAAUUAUCAAUAUCCCGGCCUUCGCGGCACACGGUCAAUGAGAAUUCAGGGGAGGGCGACAGAUCGUCGGUGCCCACCUCAGUAUCUGUGACGCCGCUGCCGUCCUCGCCAGGGGAGCAGCCGGCGAGCUCCUCGACGUCGGAGGUGGAGAGGAGGGCGAGUGGAGAAUUGCCAAGGGAGAUCGCGUAUCUUGUGGAUUAUUCUGAGCGACGAAAUAGGGAACUGCAUCGAUGUUUCCCGGAACUGGACAAGAAAGAGAUCCAUGUCGAUGACUACGUUUGUGCCUUACAACGCGACAUCCUCGUGCAAGGACGAAUGUACCUCACGAUCGAGCAUGUCUGCUUCAGCUCCAACAUUUUUGGGUACAUCACAAACCUGUUGAUUCCGUUUGCCGCCAUACAAAGCAUCGAGAAGCGUACGAUGCUUCUGAUACCCAAUGCAAUCCAGAUCAACACGAAAGACGGGAAGCAAUACUUCUUCGCUUCCUUCGUGAAACGUGAAGAAGCAUAUAUCAAGCUACAAUCGAUAUUCCGUGCCGCCUCGGCAAAGCGUUCUAAUGACUCGACCGCAAGUGAAGCAUCACUCAAAGAGGAGUCGCCGAACGGCGAUACCCGCGAACAGUUGGCGGAUGAUGAUUCAACCGUGGUAACGGAGGCUGCCACGGUCGGCCAAAGGGCGAUCCACGAAGCUCGCCCGAAAAGUGAAACCGAAGGGCUGACGAUGGACACGGUCCUGUACGUUGCGGUAGCCCUGAUGCUAUUAUGGAGCUUGUUCACGACGGUGAUGUGCACAGCUCUGAUAUGGAAGAUCAAAGGAAUGGCACAGCGAUUGGAGAUGGCGACGGAGGGCAUGGCGCUUUUCGGAAUCCCUCAACGAUAGUUCCUAGCUUAGGAGAGGGAACUUUCCUUUCUGGCGCGAGGGGAAGUUUACCGCUAGCGUUUUUGGCGUGUUUUUGUAUAUAGUAGUUGAGAUUUUUGGGAAUCGUGAUAGUCCCAUGUAAAAUACCAUCAAACAGUAUGUCGUCAAAGUCAUAAAUCGAUCAUGACUUUGGUUGCGGUGCGAAGCACAGAGGACUUCGCUGAGAAAGCUAGACAUAUGCGAAGUACUACGAGCAACUUUGUCUUUCGGGUUGUCCGUCUGUCUGCAUCCGGUUUUCUGUCUGUCUGGCUGCGAGUAAGGUCGGAGACUAAAGUCAGGCCUGCACACCUCCGACUCCUCCGCCCGGA